ACGAGACUUUGCCAUUCACAUGAAGGAGAGUUCUGCCGGAGGGCCGUAGGAGAAGCCUGGGAAGGCUCCAGCUGCUUCCUUGACACUGCUGGUCACAGUCAGGGUGUCGUUGCAGAGGGAGGAGGACACGGGCAGGUCUGCAGCUGUGUUUUCCCACCACAUUCCUGCUGCAGCCUUAUUCAGCUGAUUCAGUGGCACCAAGUCAGCGUCGUGGAUGGGAACCAGGACACCUGAGGAGAUGAGCUUCACGCAGACUGGAACCCGGUGCCCGCAGGAGGUCUUUCCGCCAGUUGGGUCAUGAGGGCGAGUGGGGAGAGUCGCUGAGCUGAAUCAUGCGAGUUGGAGCCUGAUCGCCGGAGCAGACAGCGGCUUAUGUUACAGAGUCAUAUGACAGGGGUCACGACCCACAGAGCUGAUUGGAGACUUGGUUCCGGACGGUUCAGUUGGAGGAGAGGCGCUGCUGGGUCCGUGGCACCGCCCGGAGCCGGAGAUGGAUUUCCAAGUGCAGGCAACCAUACGUUUGGAUUGUUUUCAAGAUAAGACACAAGUGUUUCAGAUCCUCAGGUCACACGACUUUGUGACGGAGCGUCGAAAUAGAAACGAGCUGCGCAUUAAAGGAGGGUUCGUGGACCUCAAGUCUGUGAAGUUCCAUCUGGAGCAGCUCCUAGAAGCACCAAACCCCUCCGACGUGGGCCCGUCCUCUCAUUACCCCGUUUCCCCCGGAGCUGUUCCCACAAACCACCACACCUCAGAGGCCGGAGGAACCCGAAACAGGUCUGGAUCCAGAAACAAAGUCCCACCUGCGUCCGUGUCCUCACCCAGCACCUCUGCACCUCUGCUGACGGGCUCCUCCCACAGUCUUCCUCCCUCAUUCAGCCACGGACAACACACCCUUCUUGUUGAAGGUGAUGUCUUCUACUAUGCAAAACGCGUCAGGAGCAAAGAACUCCGUGACAUUGAAGAGAGGCAUGAAGUUGCAUUAAUAUGGAGGGAAGUUGGUGAGAGUUUCCGCAUCACCUUGGAGGGGAGGAACACGAAGGAGGCUGCUGGUGAACUACAGCAGCUUGUGGAGCGUCUCCACGCGUUACUGCGCACACAGGAGGUCCCUCGUACGGACAUGGGUCCUAAAGGCCACGCCGUUCUACAGAGAAUCCAAGAGAACAGCUAUAUCUCUAAGUCAGUACUGGUGUGUGAGAUGCACGACAGGCUCCACCUCAUUGGCCCAUCGAGUGAGAGCUAUGCGUUAAAGCAGAGGCUGUUGGAGGGUUCAGGUCAUGAGGGAAGGACCUCCGACAGAAGCUCCAGGAGGAGGAGCAGCUCUCAGCCAGCGUCCAGUCGAAGGGGGGCCGUGACGGAGGCCGAAAGGAGAAGGCCCCUAAAGCAGGUGGUGAGCUGGGUUAAAGGCCUGUCUAAGAACUGAGGACGAGCAGCUGUUCAACUUUAUUGAUGAGGACGUUUUUAUGAUAAAAGCACCAACCUGAACACUACUCUAGUCCAUUUAUACUGUUGGUACAUGGUGAUAAACACUAGAAGUUCUUUGACUUAAUGAAGUAGCAAGAGUAAUAACACUACAGUUAGUAGAGGCUAAAUUAUUUAUUCAAAAUGUGCUAAAUUCAGCUAAAGGAGCAUGCACACACACACACACACUAAUAAAGCCUACACUGCUGCUGGUAAUCAUGGAGUAAUUUCAAGCUAUUACAAGGCCAUUUGAUCAGGUUUUACAAUAUAAUAUUUAAUUGUUACUGCAGUUUAAAUUCUGCUGAAUGUGAAGCUGGAACAACAUGUGCUAAUGAAUGACACCAGUGACCAAUAAACACUGACGUGUGGA